UGAAUUUGAUUUUGUUGGAGCUGCAGAUAAUGAGGACUUACCAUUGCCUACCAUUAUUUGUCUGGACCUAUAUGUUCCAUACAGUUGAUGCCACUUCAUUACAAGAAAAAGCUAACAAUUAUUUACCAAGCAAAAGGACAGUGGAUCUGACAAAAGAUAAUGGUAAAAUGUUACGUCGCAGCAAACGGGGUUGGAUGUGGAAUCAGUUCUUCUUGUUGGAAGAGUACACAGGUACAGACACACAAUAUGUAGGCAAGCUUCACACUGACCAAGAUAAAGGAGAUGGAAAUUUAAAAUACAUAUUAACAGGAGAUGGGGCUGGCAGUCUGUUCCUUAUAGAUGAAAACACAGGAGAUAUUCAUGCUGCAAAGAAAUUAGACAGAGAAGAAAAGUCUUUAUACAUUCUUCGUGCCAAGGCCAUAGAUAGAAAGACCGGGCGGCAGGUGGAGCCUGAAUCUGAAUUUAUCAUUAAAAUCCAUGACAUCAAUGACAAUGAACCAAAAUUCACCAAAGACUUGUACAUUGCCAGUGUUCCUGAAAUGUCUGGAGUCGGUACAUCAGUAAUACAAGUGACUGCAACAGAUGCAGAUGAUGCCAACUAUGGAAAUAGUGCCAAAGUAGUCUACAGCAUAUUGCAAGGACAGCCGUAUUUUUCGGUGGAUCCAGAAUCAGGUAUAAUAAAAACUGCAUUACCAGACAUGAGUAGAGAAAAGAGAGAGAAGUACCAGGUGGUUAUACAGGCCAAAGACAUGGGCGGCCAGAUGGGGGGCCUUUCUGGAACCACCACAGUGAACAUCACCCUGACGGACGUCAACAACAACCCUCCCCGAUUCCCCCAGAAAAUGAGUAACCUAAGCAAACAACUUAUAUGGAAUUUAGAUUAUGAAAAUAAAAUACUGUACACUUUAAGAGUGGAUGCAAGUAACACUCAUCCUGACCCACGAUUCUUACACCUGGGACCUUUCAAAGACACGGCGUUGGUCAAAAUAACUGUGGAAGACAUAGAUGAGCCUCCUGUAUUCAGCAAAAUGUCUUACUUGAUGGAAGUGGAUGAAGACGUGAAGGAAGGCAGCAUCAUUGGCCAGGUGGCAGCAUAUGACCCAGAUGCCGUGAACAAUUUAAUACAAUACGCUGUGGACAGGCACACUGAUAUGGACCGGAUUUUUAACAUCCAUUCAGAAAAUGGUUCUAUAUUCACCUUGAAACCCCUUGACCGGGAAUCAUCCCCUUGGCACAACAUCACCGUUACAGCCACAGAAAUAAAUAACCCAAAACAAAGUAGCCACAUUCCUGUCUUCAUCAGAAUUUUAGAUAUAAAUGACCAUGCUCCGGAAUUCGCCACCUACUAUGAAACAUUUGUUUGUGAAAAUGCAAAACCUGGGCAGUUGAUUCAGACUGUCAGCGUCACCGACAGGGAUGACCCUCCCCGAGGCCACAAAUUCUUCUUUGAACCAGUGCCAGAAUUCCCCCUCAAUCCAAACUUCACCAUCAUAGAUAAUAAAGAUAAUACCGCAGGAAUUAUGACUCGGAAAGAUGGGUAUAGCCGCAACAAAAUGAGCAGCUAUCUCUUGCCAAUUUUAAUCUUUGACAACGAUUACCCGAUUCAAAGCAGCACUGGCACGCUCACCAUUCGAGUGUGUGCCUGCGACAAUCAAGGGAACAUGCAGUCCUGCAAUGCAGAGGCCUUAAUCCUCUCUGCUGGCCUGAGCACGGGAGCUCUCGUCGCCAUUCUCCUAUGUGUCCUCAUACUGUUGAUUUUAGUUGUGCUGUUUGCUGCAAUGAAGAGGCAAAGAAAGAAGGAACCUCUGAUAAUUUCAAAAGAUGAUGUCAGAGACAACAUUGUGACCUACAACGAUGAAGGGGGUGGCGAGGAAGACACACAAGCUUUUGACAUUGGCACAUUAAGGAAUCCUGAAGCCAGAGAAGACAGUAAACUUAGACGGGAUGUAAUGCCAGAAACUAUUUUUCAGUUAAGGAGGACUGUGCCUCUGUGGGAAAAUAUUGAUGUUCAAGAUUUUAUCCACCGAAGAGUGAAAGAAAAUGAUGCAGACCCAAGCGCACCUCCUUAUGAUUCAUUGGCAACCUAUGCCUAUGAGGGGAAUGAUUCCAUAGCAGAUUCACUGAGUUCUUUGGAAUCUCUCACAGCAGAUUGUAACCAAGAUUAUGAUUACCUCAGUGACUGGGGGCCCCGUUUUAAAAAGUUGGCUGAUAUGUAUGGUGGUGAUGAGAGUGACCGAGACUGAGAGAAUUGUGUGACUUGAUC